CUGUCUGUUCUCUUCCAUCCGUCUAUUUAUUCUUGUAUGGGACAUUUCACACCCAGAGACCUUCGACGUCCGAGAAUAACUUUUAAUGCGCACUGCAUGGGCAUCAGCGACAGAAGUGGCAAGGCAAGUAUGAUAUUCUGGACACUAGACUGCGACCUGUAGACUUGGUGCUGCUGUAGAGCCAAUAUGGCGGACAAGAAGGAUGGAGGAAGCCAAUGGUCCACCACAGGUGCUUCCUCUGCUCCCUCCAACCAUGGGUCACACCGGACCAUCAUUCUUUUCUUCAUCCUCCUCUUCCUUCUCAUUGGAGUCCUGGUCGGCGUGCUCGUUGUAUACCUAGUGCAGGAGCAGCAUUACUUUAUGGAAACGGUGGAGUUGAAGGGUCUGAAGUAUAACUCCUCGCUGCAGGAUGAAGGCUCUGCUUUCUCCAUAGUACUCUCUACCAUCCUGAAGACCAAGAUCAAAAAUGUCUUCAUCGCCUCAUCAGUAUCCCACCACUAUAUUGAUUGUAAUAUUGUUGCCUAUGGUAACAUCAAUGAAGAUGUGAUGGCAACGUUCCGCCUGGUUUUCCGUGUUUCCAAGGCCUGGCAGUACACCGAUAACUUUGUCCAGGACUUGCUGAGGGCCGGGCUGAGUUCGGCGCUCCAUGGAAGGCCCAUGGAGGUGCCUUUGUUUGGCAAGAUCAGUGCAAUCCUCUUGCUGGGGGCCAGCGGGAAGUCCUUCUACUCCAUCGGAGAUGAGAUUAGUGCCCGGUGUCCCAACCACACCUUCGCCUGCGACGACGGGGAGUGCGUCACAAAGUUUAACCCAGAGUGUGACUUCGUCUCCGACUGCUCAGACGGAUCGGACGAAGCUCGAUGUGCCUGCGGUACGCGCCCUGCCAUGGGGAACCGCGUGGUGGGCGGCGUGGACGCCCGGCGGGGAGAGCUGCCGUGGCAGGUCAGCCUGAGGCUCCAGGGACGCCACAUGUGUGGGGCCUCCAUCAUCAACGCACGCUGGCUGGUCAGCGCGGCCCACUGCUUCGAGAGAGACAACGACCCCCGGGAGUGGACGGCCCUGGUGGGGGCCAGCCUGGUGAGUGGGGAGGAGCCAGAGUCCAGGACGGUGAACAUCAAGUCCCUCGUGGUGUCCCCGUACUACAACCCCCAGACCACGGACAACGACGUGACGGUGCUGGAGCUGGAGACCCCGCUGUCCUUCAGCCCCUACAUCCAGCCCGUGUGCCUGCCGGCCCCCUCACACGCCUUCACCCCCGGGCAGACCUGCCUGGUGUCUGGCUGGGGGACGCUGGGCCAGUUCAAUACUGAGGUCCCUCCUGCACUGCAGAAGGCAGUAGUGAAAGUCAUCGACUCCAAGGUGUGCAACAAGUCUGCAGUCUACAGAGGAGCCGUCACUGACAACAUGAUGUGUGCCGGAUUCCUGCAGGGCAAAGUGGACUCGUGUCAGGGGGACUCUGGAGGGCCCCUGGUGUGUGAGGAGGCUCCCGGCAGGUUCUUCCUAGCCGGGGUGGUGAGCUGGGGGGUGGGCUGUGCCCAGAUCAACAGACCGGGGGUCUACUCCCGGGUCACCAGGCUCCGCAACUGGAUCCUCAGCUGCAUAGAGAACAACCCGGCCCACCCGCGUCCGGUCGUCAGUCAGACGGUGCCCGCGGUGCCCCCACCGCAGGAGAACCUGAUCCGUCCGCCACCACCAGCGGCUAUAGACCUGGAUGUGGCGUACCCGCUACUCACACCCGGUAACGUCCACACCUUAAACUGCAGUGGGAACUUCCGGUGCAAUGCCAACUCUUGCAUUAGCAAGGUCAACCCCGAGUGUGAUGGAGUCUCCGACUGCCCCGACCAAAGGGAUGAAAGAAACUGUGACUGCGGUCUGCGCCCUGCGAUUGGCUCCCAGAGGAUUGUGGGAGGAGUUACAGCCCGUAGGGGGGAGUGGCCUUGGAUCGGCAGCCUCCAGUACCAGAGGCUCCACCGCUGUGGAGCUACGUUAAUACACAGCAAAUGGUUACUCACCGCAGCCCACUGCUUCAGAAGUGACCCCGUCCCUACGAGCUGGUCCGUCAGCCUGGGCUCGGUGCUGCGUUCAGGCGUGGGGGCCCUGGUCAUCCCCGUCCUGAGGAUCGUCCUUCACCCGGCCUUCAACAGCACCAACAUGGACCACGACGUGGCCCUGCUGGAGCUGCAGGUGCCGGCCCCCAGGUCCUACACCAUCCAGUCCGUCUGCCUCCCCUCGCCGGUCCACCACUUCCAGAAGAACACAGAGUGCUACGUCGCCGGGUGGGGCUCGAUGAGGGAAGGAGGUUCAUUGACCAACCUGUUGCAGAAAGCUGCCGUGAACCUUAUUGAUCGAGCGGACUGCCUGAAGUCCUACAGCAGUGGCCUGACUCCAAGCAUGAUGUGUGCCGGCUUUAUGGAGGGAGGCAAGGACACUUGUCUAGGAGAUUCUGGAGGUCCUCUAUCUUGCCGCCAUGCUGCUGGACAGUGGUUUGUCGCCGGUAUAACCAGCUGGGGACACGGGUGUGGCCGCGUAGGCUACCCAGGAGUGUACACACGUGUGACCUCUAUCAGGGAGUGGAUGUCUACAUACCUGCCUUUCUAAAGCGCAAACCGAGGGAGAGAAAAUUAUCCAAAAGCAAAGGACCAGUCAUUAUUUCACCGGAGGUGGUGGAAUUCAACUUCAUAGCAUCUCCGGUGUGUUGGACUAAACAGAACUAUUUCUUUCUGCAAGAACAAUGCUGUGAUACACCGAUGUCCGCUUAAGUCUGUGAUGCAGCAGGGCAGAUUUCCGUUGUUCUGAAUGGGCUCAUAUCUCUACUGGUUCAAGGGUGCUGAUUCUGUUACUGUGUAAUCAUUUGGCCAGUGAUUCAUUUCUCAGAAAGGAACAAGAGCUCCAACAAGAUUCCCAGGAUAACAUCCUCAACUGUGGUCUAUGGACACUUAACUUGCACAUGCACAUUGUUUGUGUAUUUAUAUAGCAGUUAUUUAUUGUCCUGACUUACACAUCAACCUAUGCAGAUUCAGUGUGUUUGUGUGUGUUUGUGGGGGGUUAAAAUAUGUGUUUUAUUCAGUUGUCUCAUUUGUAUUCACGGUAUAAUCAGGACUAAGAUGGGGCAGUUUUACUGGCCAUUUAGCCUGAUAUAUAUUUUUUAACAGGGUACUCGGUCGGUCAAUCCAUCACUACGUUGUUUUAACAUUACAUUGGACUGUGCGAAAACAACCAAGGCAUACAUUUCUGUAUCAUAAUUUAUUUUUCAUGUUGGGGUGGGGGAACUCCCUACAGCUGUUGAUAUUUGGUGUUCACCACACAUCUGACCCUCUGUCAGCACCAAGGCAAUCCUGACUUAAACAAGCCCACUACUGUGCAGGACAACAGAUAGAGUGACAACAGGUCAGACAAAACCGUUUUGUUCCCGGAGAUGUACUACGGUUAUGAACUCGAGACUUCUGACCGCAUCACUUUUAUUAAAUGACAUUAAACCGGAAACCAUGUUGACAAAUGUAAUGAAUUCGCCUUUUGACACCCAUGCAUGUGUGUGCUCUCAUCUGCAGUUGUGCAUACAAACGUUCUAAGUGAUGAGCAUUGGCAUGACAUUUUACUAAUUCUCAUAUGGAAAGCCGCUCAAAUAUACAGGUUGGGCAGGAAUUCAAGAAAUUAUAAAUCCUUGUGUGUGA